GAACCCGGACUAGCCCUGCUGUCCAGGCAGGGAAACCUCAUCAGUGACCUACAACCCCUCUAUGACCCAACAACUCGCUCUCACCAUGGAGUUUGUCUUUGAUGCAGACAGGCAGCGUGUGAUCCUCUGACCUCUUACCUUGGAUUCCAUGGCCAUACAACCCUAUGAUUCCAUGUCCCCCCGAUUCCAGGACCCUCCCUGGCCCCUUGACCCCUGACCUUCCAAGUGCUCUCCCUGGACCUUGACCCCUGUGACUAUUCUUCCCAUCAUCCCACUGACUCUGGCCCUGGCUCCCCUUGGGGGUCUUGUUGGUCUGGGCUUCCCCAGGAAGAUGUGGGGGAGGCUCUGGCCCCUUCUCCUGAGUGUCCUCACAGCAACUGCAGUCCCCGGACCCUCGCCACGAAGACCAUCCAGAGAACUAGAUGCCACCCCGCGGAUGACUAUCCCCUAUGAAGAGCUCUCUGGGACCCGGCACUUCAAGGGCCCCGCCCAGAACUACUCAACACUGCUGCUGGAAGAGGCCUCAGCAAGGCUGCUGGUGGGAGCCCGGGGCGCCCUGUUCUCUCUCAAUGCCCACGACAUAGGAGACGGGGCUCACAAAGAGAUCCACUGGGAGGCCUCCCCGGAGAUGCAAAGCAAAUGUCAUCAAAAAGGAAAAAACAAUCAGACCGAGUGCUUCAACCAUGUGCGGUUUCUACAGCGUCUCAAUGCCACCCACCUCUACGCGUGUGGGACUCAUGCCUUCCAGCCCCUCUGUGCAGCCAUUGAUGCUGAGGCCUUCACCUUGCCAACCAGCUUCGAGGAGGGGAAGGAGAAGUGUCCUUAUGACCCAGCCCGUGGCUUCACAGGCCUCAUCAUCGAUGGAGGCCUCUACACAGCCACACGGUAUGAAUUCCGGAGCAUUCCUGACAUCCGCCGGAGCCGCCAUCCGCACUCCCUGAGGACUGAGGAGGCACCCAUGCACUGGCUCAAUGAUGCUGAGUUCGUGUUCUCCAUCCUGGUGCGGGAGAGCAAGGCCAGUGCGGUGGGUGACGAUGACAAAGUUUACUACUUCUUCACGGAGCGGGCCGCGGAGGAGGGCUCUGGCGGCUUUGCUCAGAGCCGCAGCAGCCAUCGUGUGGCCCGUGUGGCCCGUGUGUGCAAAGGAGAUCUGGGAGGGAGGAAGAUCCUACAGAAGAAGUGGACCUCCUUCUUAAAGGCGCGUCUCAUCUGCCACAUUCCACAGUAUGAGACACUACGUGGUGUCUGCAGCCUGGACGCUGACACCUCAGCCCGCACACACUUCUAUGCGGCCUUCACGCUGACCACACAGUGGAAGACCCUGGAGGCCUCAGCCAUCUGCCGCUAUGACCUGACGGAGGUGCAAGCCGUCUUUGCAGGCCCCUACAUGGAAUAUCAGGAUGGUGUCCGGCGCUGGGGCCGUUAUGAGGGUGGGGUGCCGGAGCCCCGGCCUGGCUCGUGCAUCACAGAUUCAUUGCGCAGUCAAGGCUACAACUCAUCCCAGGACUUGCCAUCGCUGGUCCUGGACUUUGUGAAGUUGCACCCACUGAUGGCUCGGCCCGUGGUGCCCACACGUGGACGGCCCUUGCUGCUCAAGCGCAGCGUGCGUUACACACACCUCACAGGGACACCUGUCACCACGCCUGCUGGACCCACCUAUGACCUGCUCUUUCUGAGCACAGCUGAUGGCUGGAUCCACAAGGCUGUGGUCCUGGGCUCUGGGAUGCACAUUAUCGAAGAGACACAAGUGUUCAAGGAACCCCAAUCUGUGGAGAAUCUGGUCAUCUCUCCGAUGCAGCAUAGCCUCUAUGUGGGGGCCCCUAGUGGAGUCAUCCAACUACCACUGUCCAGCUGUUCCCGCUAUCGCUCCUGCUACGACUGCAUCCUGGCCCGGGACCCUUACUGUGGCUGGGACCCCAGCACUCAUGCCUGCAUGGAGACCACCAUCAUAGCGAACAGGACAGCAUUGAUACAGGAUAUAGAGAGAGGAAACCGAGGCUGUGAAGGCAACAGGGACACAGGGCCGCCGCCACCACCAGUGAAGACACGCACUGUGCUCCGGGGUGAUGAUGUCCUCCUGCCCUGUGACCAGCCAUCCAACCUGGCCCGGGCCUUGUGGCUGCUCAAUGGAAGCAUGGGCCUGAGUGAUGGGCAGGGUGGCUACCGUGUAGGCGUGGAUGGUUUGCUGGUGACAGACACACAGCCUGAGCACAGUGGCAACUACGAGUGCUACGCUGAGGAGAAUGGCCUCCGCACCCUGCUGACCUCCUACAGCCUCGUGGUACGGCCUGCCACUCCUGCCCCGGCUCCACAAGCCCCUGCCAUGCCUGGGGCACAAUUGGCACCUGAUGUAAGGCUGCUCUAUGUGCUAGCCAUCGCUGCACUUGGUGGCCUCUGCCUCAUCCUGGCUUCCUCCCUCCUCUAUGUGGCCUGUCUUCGGGGCGGCAGACGAGGGCACCGACGGAAAUACUCACUGGGUCGGGCUGGCAGGGCAGGGGGCUCUGCUGUGCAGCUGCAGACAGUCUCAGGCCAGUGUCCAGGAGAGGAAGAUGAGGGUGACGAUGGGGAGGGGGCUGGGGGCCUAGAGAGUGGCUGUCUCCAAAUCAUUCCGGGGGAAGGAGCCCCAGCCCCACCGCCUCCACCACCACCACCCCCACCAGCUGAGCUGACCAAUGGGCUGGUGGCAUUGCCCAGCCGGCUGCGCAGGAUGAAUGGCAACAGCUACAUGCUCCUGAGGCAGAGCAACAAUGGAGUGCCCACAGGGCCCUGCUCCUUCGCUGAGGAGCUCAGCCGCAUUCUGGAGAAGAGGAAGCACACACAGCUCGUAGAGCACCUGGAUGAGAGCUCUGUCUGAGCCCAGCGUCCCAGGACAAAUGCUCUUCCCACCAGCCUGUCCGCCCAGGCUGGGCUGCUGCCUUCCAACACAGCCCUACCUUCACCGCCCCCCGCCCCCCAACUCCAGACCCUUCUAACUUUUGAUGUCCCUAUAGGGCUGGCCAGAGUCAGGCCCAGCCAAAGUCCCCUCAGUCUCCACAGACCCAUCUGUGAGCAGCCCAG